GUUUCCUGAUUCGCUGAGAGUGGCACGCGCCGCGCGCGCGCUGGCUCUCGAUACCUGCCCCCCAGCGCAGAAAUCUUUUGUAUAAAGUUGGCAGACACGCGCCAGGUACCUCGGAAAUCUCUUCACGAUCAUGUUGUUUAUAGCAGUUUUAUUGCCGUCUCUUGUUGAAGGUGCAAAGUGUCUUGCUCGAGUGAUCUUGGAUCUGGACUGCAAAUUUUAACUCUUACUCCAGAGUAAAGAUUCCUUUAAGUUUAGCUCAAUCCAAAGACUUUUAUCAUUUUGCCAGGAUUUUAUAGAAUUUUCAGAGCAUUUUUUUACUUUCUCUGCUGCAUCAUAAAGCUAUGCAAAGUAGCGUACAAUGAUAUUCCAACAGGAUUCCUAAGAAUUUAUACAAGCAGCUGUUUGUUAAAAUUUUGUAAAACGUCUUACUCGCAUUUUUUAGAUUACUCAGUUUUAUAACAGAAUUACUAACGAGACUUUAUACACUUUGUGUUUAUGAAAGAAGCUUUCGGAAUCUGUCAAACUGUUUUAGCUCAUGAGAGAAAGAAUUGCUUGUACUUCAACAUCUUUAACUAAACUAGCGGUGUAUAUUUACGAAAUCUGUCAACUCAUAAUUCAAGCAUAUAAUGCUUAAAAGCUGACAGUAUAUUAGUAAUAUUUGCUUUUAUAGGCUUUAACGAGUUCUGUUGAAUUGUAAAUUUAUGUUUUUUUUUUUUUUUUUUUUUUUUUUUUUUUUUUUCUUCUUGUUGAAAGGCUUUUGCUCACAAAAUCGUCUUAUCCUAACUUAGUUGCCGUAAUUUUUUUAUCAUUCUUCGUAUUUCUGUUCUAGUCUGUAAUUCCCGAAAUAAUUAAUUCACUAAGAUAAGCGAGCAAUAGUUGAAGAAACAAAUUUUUUAAAAUUCAGUUAGACUGAAAGUACAUCUUGUUAUAUGUAAAUCCAUGUAAGUACUGAUAAGUGUAAUUUCAUUACAUUUGUGUUACAGUUCAUAAACUUUUAAAGAAUGAAAUGCGAAAAUGAUUGUUAAUCACAAUUUGCUGUAUGGGUAAAAUUACUAGUGUCUAAAAGGUUAACCAUUUAAAGGGACAUUUAUUAGAACUCUCCAUAUGGUGCUAGACAUGACCCAAUUCUCUUCACAAUCUCUUCCAUAUAAUUCCUCCUACCUCUUACCGCACUUUAAAGGAGACAGCCAACUCUCUUCCCCUUGGGAAACUCCUAUCCUAUCCAAUUAUGAUGAUAUGACGAGGAGUCAGCACAGCCUAACGGGAUCAUUCGAUGGCCCUGACCCGACGCCUUCUCUGCCGAGCGCGGCGAACGAGUCUGCGGCACCCACCAAGAAGAAGUCUCGGAAAAGUGGUUCGAAGAGCAACUACAAGCAUGUUCCACACAGAGAGAAGCCUCCGCAUCUUGUAGCCCGACGAAACGCGAGGGAGCGCCGGAGGGUGCAGGCGGUGAACACAGCAUUCUCCCGCUUACGUAAAUGUGUUCCAGCUGAGAACAGAAACAAGAGGAUGUCCAAGGUCAAGACCCUCCACCGAGCCAUCGAGUACAUACAAAUGCUGCAAGAGAUGUUGUCCAAGGCCGACGAAGAACUCGGGUCAGAAGAUCUCUGCCUCAUGAACGUCGGAGCGGAUUCAUUAAAUAAGGAAAAUGAAAUUCAUCAACGAUGGCUGCCAUUAGAUUCGGCCUGGGACGAAGAGAACCAGAACAGUUGUCUGUCAUUUUAUGAUGACUUCACAGACGCAAUGCAAAGUUAAUUCUUCACCUUUUCUUCAGAUAACUCUCCUCAACAAAGCAAGCUGCGUUGCCAUUCUGGCUAGUUCCAAGAUAUUACGAAAAGUCUGCUUUCUCGUCUGUUGCAACAUUCCAAGUGAUACGAAACAAUCUGGUUGCAAAUUUCAAGAGAAGAAAUAACCAAACUAAGUGUUGCAACUUUAGAAAAUAAAUCUGCUCCUUACAUCAUGUGAUGAGGACUGAUAUUAUUCCUCAAGUGAAGAUUUACAUGUGAAUUGAGAAGUAUUUAUUCCAGAUUGGUUUAGUUUGAGGUCGUGCACGUAGAAUUUCGUACUGGUCUUUUAAUAACGGGUUAGCAGAAACUGUUGUGUCACCAGUUGAAAUUUGCUGGUCAAAUAUAAUAAUACCGUUAAUAAGCUUUAUUAUAUACAUUUAAAUAACAAUAAAUGUAAUGGACACAGAUGAUAUAUACGAUACGAGAAUUUUUCAAAAAUAGGGAUGUAUAUAUUGAAAGCUAUCCUUUUUCUAAAUAUAGCUUUUAGUUACAAAUCUUACAAAAAAAAAAAAAAAAAAAAAAAAAAAAAAAAAAAAAAA